CCCCGCCCCGGCCCUCCCGGGGGUCACGUGACCGCGGGCGCUCUGGGUGACGUCGGUCGAGCCAGCCGGGGCUAUGGCUGGCUUGGUGGACUUCCAGGACGAGGAGCAGGUGAAGUCCUUUCUGAAGAAUAUGGAGGUGGAGUGCAACUACCAGUGCUACCAAGAGAAGGACCCGGAAGGUUGCUAUCGGCUGGUGGACUAUCUGGAAGGGAUCCAGAAGAAUUUUGAUGAAGCUGCUAAGGUGCUGAAGUUCAACUGUGAGGACAACAAACACAGUGAUAGCUGCUACAAACUGGGGGCCUAUUACAUAACUGGAAAAGGUGGACUGACUCAGGACCUGAAAGCUGCCUUCAGCUGCUUUCUGAUGGCGUGUGAGAAGCCUGGCAAGAAGUCUGUGGAAGCCUGUCACAAUGUCGGUCUCCUGACUCACAGCGGAAAGGUCAAUGAGGAUGGCCAGCCCGACCUGGGGAAGGCCAGGGACUACUACGCAAAGGCCUGUGAUGGCGGCUUUGCCCCCAGCUGCUUCAAUCUCAGUGCCAUGCUCCUGCAGGGUGCUCCUGGCUUCCCCAAGGACAUGGCCCUGGCUUGUAAAUACUCGAUGAAAGCCUGUGACCUGGGCCAUAUCUGGGGCUGUGUCAAUGCCAGUCGCAUGUACAAGCUGGGGGAUGGUGUUGAUAAGGAUGAGGCGAAGGCCGAAGUGCUAAAAGAUCGGGCCCGGCAGCUGCACAAAGAACAGCAGAAAAGUGUUCAGCCCUUAACAUUUGGGUGAUGUAGCUCAUCCUGCUCCCCAGGCAGCAGUUUGAGGCUGGCACCUUGUUUGAGACCUGAUGCAGCCCUUGACAGAUAACCUCCUGGAGCAGAACUUGGGACUUGAUUUCAGCAGCUGAUUACGUAGAUCUACUUAUCCCAGAGUGUCACCUACUAGGAUGUGGCCUGCAGUGCGUAUUUCAGUCAAUAAUCCUUUAUCUGGUUGAAUUCUGUGAAGAAAACCAAAUUUAUGGAGUCUUAAUUUUCACACUCUUGCAGCUCUGUCAAAAGUAGCAGCAAAUUAGAGUGCAAUAGAAAUUUGGGUAGUGAGGAGACAAAUAGCAGAAAGCUGGAAAAAUUAGCAGCCACAAGCCGUGAAGAAAUCAGACACCAUAUUCAUUAUUAGUAUUAUUUUAGCUGAAAGGCUUGAAAAUCAGAAAGUAUCUUGGUUUAUGUAAUAUAAGUUUUAAGGAGCUAAGAACAGUUAAAUAGUCACAACUGCUACCCUCUGAUUUAUGUAAUUAUUGGUGUGGGCUUUUUCAAUCUUCCUAUAAAUUCAUAGAGAUCAGGAGGGAUAUGUAACAUAAAAGGUUAAAGGUGGUUAUACGUCAGGGUUGCUGAAGAAGAUGAAGCAUAAGCCUGCCUUCUAGAAGGUAGUCACAGUUAAAAUUAGCAUCUCUGCCAGGUGUAAUGGCACACACCUGUAAUCCUAGCACUUGGAGGCCGAGGUAGGAGGAUUGCUGUGAGUUCAAGGCCAGCCUGGACUACAUAGACCUCAUCUCAAAAAAAAAAAAAAAAAAGCAGAAAACAAUUAGCAUUUCCAGGGCAUUCACCUGGCACUGGUCCUCAUGCUGAGGAGACAUUAUUCCCAGAACAACUCAAGCUAGGAGUUUGUAAAGAGAUUUUGUGACAUGUCCCACUGGAACUGAACUUUUUUUUUUAGCUGUUGCUAUGAAUAAACCAUUUUGAUUGGUUUGUA